AUGGCUACUCCUCGCCCUCUACCACUUGCCGAGGAGUGGAAAGACCCGGAUUCAUACGUCGACGAGUUGCUGGACUUUGCGACAUCUUCUAUUCUAUUUAUGAACCUCUGUGGUGGCGUGCAUAUCCUCGACUUUCUGACACGAAAACCUGACCUUUAUUCUACCCUGCUUCCGCCUGAUUGGAGGGAAUUCUUCGAGCAUCAUGAUGUUCACGAAGUUCUCCAUCUCCUUCUGCAUGAGAACAUUGAAGCACUGCGGGCCCCACAGGAUGACGAGAACGAUGAUGGUCAAACCUGGAAUGGUGGCGCGCGUCCUCCUCAAAGUCUUAUAGACUAUAUUCACAAUAUUCGCCGACUGAGCUUGCGGAGAGAAUUUGAUGUACCGCCGCCCUCCAUGAGAACUGCACUUCCAUAUAAGACUACCGUUGGAAUGAACAAAAAGAAACUCCAUGAAGUUGAAUUCUUCUCCCGUCAUGUUGCUUCGCUAUCGGAUGUGGUGAAUGAGCGCCGGAAUGAGCCUGUAUCCCACAUUGUCGAUUUCGGAUCUGGACAAAACUAUCUAGGUCGGACACUAGCUAGUUCGCCUUACCACAAGCACAUUAUCGCGAUUGAAAGACACCAUCACAACAUCAGCGGUGCCCAAGGAAUGGAUAUCCAUGCCAUGCUUGCUGAAAAGAAACAAAAGAAGGUAUAUGUGCAUAAACGCAAGACUUCUUGCAACGACUGCGAUGGCAAACCGGAUGUCGCAGAUUCCAGCGAGACCUCAGCACCCCAGCCGCGUCCAGAAAUGCCUCAAUCAUCAAUAAAUACACAUUCUGCACCGGGAAAUGGUACAGAGGACCAAGAAAUAACUACAUUCAAAAUGUUGGGCCAAAUCGACUUGGGUCCCAACGAAUUGCGAGCUUCUUCAUCCAAAAAGCAAUCGCAGCGACAAAAGCCCGAGGAAGCUGAAAUCGACACCCGCGGCAAGCUCAGCUAUAUUGAGCAUGAUAUAUCAGACGGAUACCUGGAACCUAUAAUUAACCAUGUGGUGAACCCCUCCCCGUGGCGGACCCCAAUGAAAUCCAAGACUCAAAUGAAACUUCAAUCACGGUGA